AGGAAGUCUGGAAGGGAAAAGAGAACAGAAGAGUUACAAGGCUCUCUUGGAAGAUCCCAUGCUGAAGUUCUCAGGACUGUAUCAAGAAACUUGCUCUGACUUGUAUGUAACUUGUCAGGUCUUUGCAGAAGGGAAGCCUCUCGCUCUUCCAGUUAGAACUUCCUACAAAGCUUUUAGCACUAGAUGGAACUGGAACGAGUGGCUGAAGCUGCCGGUGAAGUAUCCCGACCUGCCUCGCAACGCGCAGGUGGCUCUGACCGUCUGGGACGUGUAUGGGCCCGGCAAAGCCGUCCCUGUGGGAGGAACGACUGUCUCGCUCUUUGGGAAAUACGGUAUGUUUCGUCAAGGAAUGCAUGACUUGAAAGUCUGGCCCAACGUUGAAGCUGAUGGCUCAGAGCCCACCAAAACUCCCGGGCGAACCAGCAGCACAGUCUCUGAAGACCAAAUGAGCCGCUUGGCAAAGCUCACCAAGUCUCAUCGGCAAGGUCACAUGGUGAAAGUGGACUGGCUGGACAGACUGACUUUUAGAGAAAUAGAAAUGAUUAAUGAGAGGGAAAAACGAAGUUCUAAUUUUAUGUACCUGAUGAUUGAAUUUCGUUGUGUCAAGUGCGAUGAUAAAGAAUAUGGAAUAGUUUACUACGAAAAGGAUGGUGAUGAGUCAUCUCCAAUUUUAACAAGUUCUGAAAUUGUUAAGAUUCCAGAUCCCCAGAUGUCUAUGGAGAACUUAGUAGAAAGUAAACAUCAUAAGCUUGCUCGAAGUUUGAGGAGUGGACCUUCGGAUCAUGAUCUGAAGCCUAAUGCAGCUACGCGAGAUCAACUUAAUAUCAUAGUGAGUUAUCCACCGACAAAGCAGCUAACGUAUGAGGAGCAGGAUCUAGUUUGGAAAUUCAGAUAUUACCUUACUAAUCAGGAGAAGGCCUUGACAAAAUUCUUAAAAUGUGUCAACUGGGACCUGCCACAAGAGGCAAAGCAAGCACUGGAGCUGCUGGGCAAGUGGAAGCCUAUGGAUGUGGAAGACUCUCUAGAACUUCUCUCCUCUCACUUCACCAACCCAACAGUUCGGCGCUAUGCUGUUGCGAGGCUUCAGCAGGCUGAUGAUGAGGAUUUGCUGAUGUACCUGCUACAGUUAGUCCAGGCUUUGAAAUAUGAAAACUUUGAUGAUAUUAAGAAUGGACUGGAACCUAGCAAGAGGGACAGUCAAGGUUCAAUGUCAGAAAGCAUGACAACAUCUGGAACUAAUGGUGCUGAAAUAGACAGUUCCCAGAUUAUGACUCCUAUUCCACCUGUUUCCUCACCACCUCUCACUUCUAAGACGAAGGAGCUUGCAGAUAGUGAAAACCUUGAUCAAGACCUUUGCACUUUCUUGAUAUCACGAGCAUGCAAAAAUUCCACAUUGGCCAACUACUUGUACUGGUAUGUAAUAGUGGAAUGUGAAGACCAAGACACUCAGCAGAGGGACCCAAAGACUCAUGAAAUGUACUUAAAUGUGAUGAGAAGAUUUAGUCAGGCUUUGCUGAAGGGUGAUAAGUCAGUCAGAGUUAUGCGUUCAUUGUUGGCAGCCCAGCAGACGUUUGUAGAUCGGCUGGUUCAUGUAAUGAAAGCAGUGCAGCGUGAAAGUGGGAAUCGCAAGAAAAAGAAUGAGAGGCUUCAGGCAUUGCUAGCGGAUAAUGAGAAGAUGAAUUUAGCAGAUAUGGAACUUAUUCCACUUCCUCUGGAACCUCAGGUGAAAAUUAAAGGGAUAAUCCCUGAAAAAGCCACACUCUUCAAGAGUGCCUUAAUGCCUGCUCAGUUAUUCUUCAAGACAGAAGAUGGAGGCAAGUAUCCAGUAAUUUUUAAACACGGUGACGAUUUACGUCAAGAUCAACUUAUUCUUCAGAUUAUUUCACUCAUGGAUAAGCUGUUAAGAAAAGAGAAUCUGGAUUUGAAGCUGACACCCUACAAAGUGCUGGCAACUAGUACAAAACAUGGCUUCAUGCAGUUUAUUCAGUCAGUGCCAGUUGCAGAAGUUCUUGCUACUGAGGAAAGUAUACAGAACUUCUUCAGAAAACAUGCACCUAGUGAGACUGGCCCUCAUGGAAUAAGCGCAGAGGUGAUGGACACGUAUGUGAAGAGCUGUGCUGGUUAUUGUGUAAUUACUUAUAUCCUUGGAGUUGGAGAUAGACAUCUGGAUAAUCUUUUGCUAACAAAAACAG